UACAGGCGUGGCCUUUUGAAUCAAAUGCAUUUAUUACCAUAAGACUAUGUACAUUUAAACUUAAAAUAGCCUGGUUGCGUAUAAAUAAGAAUUUUGAAUGUGCUUUAGACGAGAGGAUCUGCGUAAUUAAAGAUUUCAUGGUGUUACAGCUUCGACACUAAUAAAACGAAUUCAAAAAUGUACGGUCGAAAAACACCGACCACUUAUCGUUCUACACCGUCUGUGUAUUCUCAUUACACAGGGAAGUCAUCAACAAAUCUACGCUCAUCAAAGUCGGUGAGAUCCCUACGAGUUCCAUGGUACCAGAAGCCAAUAUUACAUGAUGCAGUCAUUUUGGACCUGCAGAGAGGAUCAUUGCUCACUGCAUUUCUUUCUUUGUUCAUGUCAAUUUUCACAUUUGCACAAAGUGUUUUCGACUUGUACUGCCUUUACAUGGCGAUGCCUGGAUCCCAUCAUACUGGUUUCUAUGUUGUCAGUUAUGAAUUUGUCUACGUUGGAAGCCCCCCAGUACGCAAUGUUUUGAUAAUAUUUUCGCUUUUCUCAUGGUUGGGUUCCAUCGCCGUGUUGAUAACGAGCAUAAUAUUAAUCAACGCUUUAAGGAAGGAAUACGAAAAGCGAACGGUUCCCUGGCUGUACGCCUUCGGAGUUUUCAUAAUUUUCCGUUUCUUCGCGUUUAUUUUCGCUUCGAUAGUGAACGACAUGAUAUUCGCUUACAACAUCAUGAUGUGCUUAAUAUGGAUAGUGUUCUGCGUGGGUGGCGUCUACGGUUGGCUGCUAGUGUAUAGCCUGUAUCUAGAACUGGCCGAUCUGACGAAGCUCGAGGACUUGGCGCAUCUGAGGAUGGGAACAAUGGCGUCGUUGAAUGCGUCCAUAGCUGGGUCGCGACCGACCACCCCGCACAGCACGGUGUCCACGAUGCCGGCUUCGCAGAUAUGAUGCCACGAGGCGCAGGGUUCGAUUCCUGAGUGUGUUCCGCUUAAUGAAAGUCUCGAAACCCCUGUAUGAUAUUUUUUUUUCUUCUAAUCAAUUCCACCGUAACAACUACGCAAUGUAUUCACGCGCUAUACAUUGACUUCAGUAAUGAUCUGAUGUUUUCAAAAUCGAUUUUAUUAAUCGAUAUUUUUUUAUAACUACAACUUCUUAUGUGUGUAAUUUUGUAUUAAUGAGGGUAGAAGUAAGAAGCACAGUCUUCUAUAGGGGGACAAGUUGAUAAAGUGUCCCCCUGUAUGUACACAGUAAGUUGCUGUUGGAAGACUCACCGAAAUAGCGCUAGUGUAGUAGAUUCUGCGAAGCACGGCUCUUGC